GAGGUGGAGGUAGGUAAUUGUCCUGGUACUCAUUUUAGGAAAGAAGGAUGGGAAAAUGUGAGGAUUAGCUUGAGUAAAGAGACAGGAGCCAAGUAUGAUAAAUCACAAUUGAAAAAUAAGUGGGAUGCACUUAAGGAACAAUGGAAAAUAUGGAAAGAACUAAUUGGAAAAGAAACUGGUCUUGGGUGGAAUUCCAAACUUGGGACUAUUGAUGCUUCUGACGAAUGGUGGCAUAACAAAAUUGAGAUAAAUCCCAAAUAUGCAAAAUUACGUAGAAAUGGUAUUAGUCCUGAUAUGGAAGAGAAGUUUGAUAGAAUGUUCAUGAACACCACCGCCACUGGUGACCAUGCUUGGACACCUUCAUUUGGUGUACUUCCAACUCAUGAUUCAUCCGAAUGUGAUGGUAUUCUACUCGACAAUGGUGAUGAUUAUGAUAAUCCUGUAUACGUACCAGAUGAAACAAUUCAAGUCACUGAAAAAUCUUGUGGGAAGGGGAAAAAGAGAACAAAUCAACAACUUGAUACACAGGUUAAGAAAGAGAAGAACGGAAAUAGAGUUGCUACAAAAGUGGGGAAGGCAGGAGGUGUUGUUAAAUUGUCACAACAAAUUGAGUGGAUGGUUGAUGUAAUGGAGAAUAGGAGUACAACUUCAGUGAUGAUGAAAGGGUCCCAAGGUAGCAGCAUUGCUGAAGUGAUGAAAGUAGUUUCGUCUUUACCUGGUGCAAGGCCUAGGAGCCAUUUGUGGUUGUUUUGCAACUUGGUUAUUCCUAAAUCAAGAGAAAAGAGAAAUGUUCACAACUAUGGAAGAUCCUAA